UCCAGUCUUGUUUACAAUGCUUACAUUUAUAUUUAUUGGGUGCAUCCUGACAGCACACUUUCAGCCAUUGCUACCAGAUAAAGAAGAGGACGAGCCUGAUGAAAAUGGCUCAGAGCCUGUGUCGUCUCCUGAGAUCUACAGUAUGUCAACAGAAGUCAGCGUAGGUGAGAACGUGACACUGUCUUGCCUCUCAAGGACUGGUUCUCUACCCAUUACGUAUACGUUAUACAAAGGAAGAAGCAAAGUACUACUUCCUGCGACAAAAAACAAGACGGGAGAAGCAGCUGAGUUUCACUUUCCUAUUCAUUCCAGCCAUGAACUGGGCGUAUAUAAAUGCAAAGCCAAAAAUAAUUUUAGCAACGAUAAAUACAGUCCCGGUUUCAACUUUACAAUGAAAGCAGGAGAGAGAGAAAACAAAAAUUUAGUUGUGUUCAUUGUACUGCCUCUACUAUUGCUGCUGGUUGCAUUCGUUGUAGCAAUUCCAUUGCUUAUCCUUCCCUGGUGUAAAGCAAGAAAACUGGUAAAAGACAUCUCACCUACGGUUUAUGCUCUAGCAAGUUACCCAAGCUCAGAACACAAUGUCACUUAUGCUGCGAUUGCACAUGAAAAAGACCAGGAAGAAUAUGUCAACAUGGAAUUUGAGACCAAAAAGGAAAAAAGCAGAAAAGUGAGCUUCAGAGAUGCUACUACGGUAGUCUAUUCAGAAAUUUUCAGAAGAUAAAAAAGCUGCUCCAGUGAUGACUGCAUGGUUUCAAGAUAUCCAGGCCAAACAGAAAUCCCGUUUUCUAAAAGCUCAUUGAACAAUCCCUGACACACCUUGGGGGAGAGGAGAGAGGAAAAAACUGUCUGUUACUUGAAGCAUUGCAAAGGAUGGUAAAUCAUCUUGUAUAAUAUAGGUUUGAAUGUUGACGAAAUAUAGGUUUAAGACACUUGCUAUGUUUAGGAAAAGUAAAGAAAUCCCUUCAUAUUAAAAGAUUCAGCUUUGUUUAUUCUGUUUAUGUAGCAAUCCUAUACGCCGAAGUUACUCAGACUAAGCCCAUCAGUUUCACUGGGCUUAGACUGGAGUAACUUUGCAUAGGAUAGCACUGUAAGUUAGGAACCUGAUCUUCUUACUCAUUCUUUUAACACUCACCAAGGUCUUGAGAGUUUCAGUAGUAGAAAGCUUUCUCAAAGUCUCUUUCACAGGUGAUAAAAACUGGAGGGGGGCAUUUCUUGGGCUCCUUCCCAGAUCUUGCCCCUAUGCCACUUUGAUGCUUGUCAACAUUUGCAGAUGAUUGGGGAGGCAUACGGGGGGGGGGGGGGGUGAGGCCAUGGUUCAGUGGCAGAGUAUCUGCAAAAGGUCCUGUACCUCGCAAUGCUGCAGGCAGAGUAAACGUUCCUGACUUGGAUAGAUCAAUUGAUUCAGGAGAAGACAGCUUUAUGUCUUCGUGCAUGUUCUGUAUGACCAAACUGACAUCAGUUGCCACUAACAACCUGUAACCAAAUCUAUUCCUGCUAUAGCAUUUUUAGAGAAUACAGCCAGGAAAA